GAAUUAAAUUUUAUUAAAAAAAACGCUAAAACGCUGCCCAAAUAGACACAAACUACUCAAGUGCACCCACUACCCAAUGCUGAUGCGCUCCAUGUGACAGGUGAGGCCAGCCAGCUGUUGUGUGUAGUCCGCAGGCCAGGCACACGUUCCCCCAGACCCCGUUUCGGAUGUGGAGGAUGUGCGCAUCUCUGCUGGUCGAUAUAAAAAUUGUGCCUGCUCCGCCUGUUCGCCCAUAGAUGUCUGCAGCCCCCAAGGGCUGAUUACAAGUAAAUAGUCACACACUUAACACCAUCCAGCCAGCAAUCCAAUAAUUGGGCGGAGCACAAGCACCUGGGGCGCCAAGAAGAAUCUCCAGCAGCGGCAGCCUGGACAUGGCCACCGCACCGUUGGAUGCACUGCAGGCAUUCUAUGUGGACUUUAGCGAGCUAACGUUGCGAGAGAAAGUUGGACACGGAUCCUAUGGGGUGGUCUGUAAGGCUGUCUGGCGCGACAAACUGGUGGCCGUCAAGGAGUUCUUUGCCAGUGCAGAGCAGAAGGACAUUGAGAAGGAGGUGAAACAGUUGUCGCGCGUCAAGCAUGUGAAUAUCAUUGCGCUACAUGGCAUCUCAUCGUACCAGCAGGCCACCUAUUUGAUUAUGGAAUAUGCUGAAGGCGGCUCCCUGCACAAUUUUCUGCAUGGCAAGGUCAAGCCGGCCUAUUCGCUGGCCCAUGCCAUGAGUUGGGCCCGUCAAUGUGCCGAGGGCUUGGCCUAUCUGCACGCGAUGACGCCAAAGCCAUUGAUACAUCGCGAUGUCAAGCCACUGAACUUGCUGCUGACCAACAAGGGACGCAAUCUGAAGAUAUGUGAUUUUGGGACUGUGGCCGACAAGUCCACCAUGAUGACCAAUAACCGUGGCAGUGCUGCCUGGAUGGCCCCCGAGGUAUUCGAGGGCUCAAAGUAUACGGAGAAAUGCGAUAUAUUCAGCUGGGCGAUUGUACUCUGGGAGGUGCUGUCGCGAAAGCAGCCCUUCAAAGGCAUUGACAAUGCCUACACCAUACAAUGGAAGAUAUACAAGGGCGAACGUCCGCCGUUGUUGACGACCUGCCCCAAGCAUAUUGAAAAUCUAAUGACAGCCUGCUGGAAAACAGCACCCGAAGACCGCCCAUCCAUGCAGUAUAUUGUGGGCGUCAUGAAUGAGAUUGUCAAAGACUAUACGGGCGCUGACAAGGCCCUAGAAUAUACAUUUGUGAAUCAACAGAUUGUCACCAAAGAGAGCGAUGGCACUGUGGCCGCUCAAUAUGAUAGUAGUCUCAGUUCAACAACGGAUCUGAGUCUCUCGUCCACACAGUUAACACCGACAACGGCGGCAAAUGCCAAUGCCAAUGCAAAUGCAAAUGCAACAACGACUAGCUCAACGACAGCCGAAAAUACUACCUCAUCAACAUCAUCAUCAUCGGCAGAUAUAACGCCGACAAAUUCGGGACAUCUUGACAAUAAUCCUCUAUUCCAUAUGAGCAGCAACCGAUGGGACGCCAUACCCGAGGAGGAUAGCAAUGAGAGUCAGACGAAUGAUAGCUUCAAUUUAACCUCAUCUGUGGAGGCCACACAAAGGCUCGAGACCAUCCGCAAUGGCAUGAUCCAAAUGGCCUGCACACCCAUGGAACAGUUAACCCUCGAUGUGGAGGCGAAUGGCUUUGGUCUGAGUCGCAGCGAGAGCAGCAGCAGCAGCACUCAUGCCAAAAGCGAUGGCCGCGAGCGACUCACGGUGACGGACACCAAGCCGGUGAUCAUGACCAGCAACGAUCUGACGAACAACAACGAUGCCCACGGCCAUGGCCACACGAAUGGAUUGCUGAGCCAUGCCCACCAGCAGCUGGAGGCCGCGGAUCCAGAGCAGGAGGAGAUCAUCAAUUCGCUGGACGUGGACGUGGACGUGGAUGCGGACGAAAACGACGGCACCGAACAGUCGCUGGCCGAAAUACUCGAUCCCGAGCUGCAGCCAGAGCCCCCCAUACCGAACAAUGCCGAGUCGCAGUCCAUCUACCGUGAACACCGUCACAUGGCCAAGGAGUUCCUGAGUGUCGACACGAACCUCUACUAUGCGCAGGACUUUAAGGACAAGCUCAUACUCCAGAUGGAUCUCGCCGAGCGCGACCAGAAGCAGGAACUAUUGCGCAAAAUCAAGGAUAAGGAGGGACUCCAGAGUCUGUACAACAAUUUGCAGCAGCAGUGGGAGAAGCUACCCGCCUCGCGGCAACUGCAGGCCAGCCACAAUCCGCACUUGCAUCCACAUCCCCAUCCAUUGACAGGCGCCCCCGGUCAGGUAUGGGGCGGCAACGGUAGCCAGGAGGUGGGCGUGGCAGGGGGCGUAGGAGGUGGACCCAUAAGCGGCGUAGAUACAGUCGAGAACGAUGGUUGGGUGGUCAUACCGCCACAUCCGAACGCGUAGUCGCCGUAACCGCAUUCAAAUCGCAUAUGACUCUCUAAACAAAAAUAAGUUAAAGCUGUAAUAUCUGUAAUCCGUAAUUUAAUCUGUAUCUCUAGCUAUAGAACUCUCUCUGUCUGUGUGUGUUUGUUUUUUGUCUCUGCUGCGUUUUUUGUGAAUCGUUUUAAGCGUUUUUUUGUUAGUCUUAAGUGAGCUUUUAGCCCGUGUGUUUUUUUCAUUUUACGAACUCAUACCUAACCGACAACUUUCCCCAAAAAGGCAUUCUCUGAACACUUAAAUAUUUAUAGGCUAAAACUAUUGUACUAUAUGCAUUAUAUAUACCCACAUACACAACAGACACAGACACACCAGACAGAGACACAUCAGACACACACACAUCUGUCCAAGAACAGAGAUGCCAAGGCGUAGACCAAAAACAAUAUAAAACCCAUCAAAAACAAAAAGACAAAAAAAUCCUGCUUCUUGCUUUAAGA